AUGACGAGUGCUGUGGUUCCUGAGCCGACUUCAUUGAACCAUGCGCCGAGAAGUCAGGGCAAAGCGAAGCAGCAAGCAUGCGACAUCUGCCAUCGCCGAAAGGUCAAAUGUAAUGCUCAGGAUGGGAAAACCUGUACAAAUUGUCAAUUAGGGAGCCUUGAAUGCACAUUCUUCAUCCUUCACCAGCGGUUGCAGAAGGUGGGCUCGAAACGCCGAGAGUCCAUGCGAUCUAGAGGACAACGCCCGCUUCAGUCAGGAACGUCCUCGACACCAAUUACCACCCUCAGCACUGCUCUCCAACCAGUUUCAGGGCCAGGGUCGAGCCCAUCUCUGCCACAGCAGCAUGUCGAACCAUCGCCAAAGCAUAGCUUGAUCCUCAACGAAAACGACAUCGUCGAGGAAGGGUUGGCGAGAACGGCCUUGACUGAAUUCCUUCAUCGUGGCUUCCAUUCUCCCACGUUCUCGGUGUUCCAUGAGAAAGACCCCAUCAGGAUUGCUUACGUCGGUACUUCGACGUCAAAUUUGGCUUAUCUCGUGGGUCAAGAAUCACCGUAUCAUGGCGAUGCAUCUCUUCAUUUCUCUUUCCCUAGAAUUCGGCCAGCAUUGCCAUGGAAGCCAAGCAACGACCUACCACGGGUGAAAUGGUAUUCCAAUAUGGCACACGAUGUCAGCUUGCUACCCGAGAAAGAGGUUUGUGAUCAACUUGUCGAGGAUUUCUUCACCAAGAUACACCCGGGAUUCCCUGUCGUUGAUGAAGCAGAGUUUCGCUCACAAUACAGUGACGAUGGAAAUCCGGUGCCGCUCCUCCUGCUUCAACCUGUCCUUCUCGCCGGUGCACAUGUUUGCCAACAUCCAAAAGUUGUAAAGUCUCGAUCCUUGGUCAAAGUGGCCCUUUUCCGUCGUGCCAAAGCAUUGUUCGACCUCCAUUAUGAGAACAAUCGUGAGCACCUCGUUCAGGCAGCGCUCCUCUUCACGUGGCAUUUUGAAGGAGCUGACGAUAUCGCAGCCAAUGCCUACUACUGGAUUGGUAUUGCAUGUCGUCUUGCCUUCGGUCUUGGCUGUCAUCGAAAUCUCUCUUCAUCAAGUCGGAGUGCCAUUCCUGUCCAGGACCGCCGAAUCCAACGCCGAUUAUUCUGGGUACUUUUCCAAUGUGAUGUGCUUGCCAGCCUUCAUCAUGGAAGACCGUUGAUGAUCAAUGAGGAUGGUUGUGACCAGCCUCCUUUGGUUAUGGAAGACUUCAUCGAAAUUGACGGUCAGCUGAACAAAAACGUUCACUUUGACUAUUGUGAUCAAAACAUAAAGCUCUGCUACAUCAUCAUCUCAGUCUUGAAACUCUUCUCCCCUGGAUCGCUUCGUCGUCAUUGCUUAGGCGAGCAGACCAUCGAAUCAAGUCGCUCAACACUCGAUUCACAGCUUGAAGCUUGGUUCCUACGGCUUCCUCAAAAUCUGAAUAAUCCCUCCCGAAACACGCAAGAUUUUUGGUGUACUCAACUUCACCUGCAUUACAACCUUACUCUCCUCCAGCUUUACCGAACGUCAUAUUUGCCAACUUUCCCGGGAACACCCGACUUUUCUCUCGCCCCUUCCCCAAAAUCCAUGGAGAUCUGUCACAAUGCCGCAUCUGCGAUCUCUCAGCUCUUCAAUUCACUGUUGAUAUCAUCCAAGGUCGACCGCUGCUGUUUCACCGCACUGACAUUGCUGCUGGCGGCAGCCAUUCAAAUGAGUUUGGAAGCUCGAUCUGCCAGCUCAAGUGGCCCCUCAAUUCUUGGACUGCAGGCACAGUCGCGAUUGGAGAAUCUUUUCGCCGUCAUGGACGAGGUUGCAAAAUACUGGCCCAGUGCCGAAGCGAUAUAUCGCUUAUUCCAAGAUGUUUUGAAUAACAUGAAGGCCGAGAUAGAAAAAAGUCUCGCAGCAUCAGAUUUGCUGACGAUGAGAGAGCAAGGAACACCAACUUUACAAGCAGAGGGAAACACGCAAGGACGCUUCUUGGGCAAUCAGAUCGGUCUCUCUGACCAAGACUGGAAUGGUUUGCUUGGCACCUGGGAUCCCUCCGCGUUCUUCGAUGGAGACUUGAACGGCAUGAAUAUCUAA